AUGCUCGCUACUAUUACUGCCAACAACAAGAAGAUGACAACUUUGCCAACGCCCCCUCCAAUGCCGCCACGACGACGAAAGACGUGCUUUCAGAAACCCCCUCCACGUGUCUGGGCCAAGGUGUUGAAAGCGAAAGGCGUCAAGCCACCCGCUUUCUCUCGGUCGGAAUGGCUCUCGUCACGAAAGGUCUACAACUUCCCAACGCCCAAGCCACAAACGGACAAACCAACGGAAGAUGUCAUCGCGACUGAAAAAGAGGACGAUGACGACGACGAAGAGCCAGAGGACGACGGCAUUCGCAAGGAGAGAUGCACAAUGGUGGUAGGCGCCAAGGUGGUCCACAUUGACACGCUGGGUGCAAAGGGUCCGAAGAAUCAUCGACGGGCGCGAUACCAAUCGUUCAGUCAUCACGACCCUGCCACUGGCCUAGACUACUACAACUACGUUCCCAUUGUCCCUCGGGACGAUGCGCCCACUCAAGGCCACAAGGUGCGAUUCAAUAACAGCGUGCUGCAAGUCGACUACUGCUUGUACGAGGAAGAGGAAAAGCAGAAGAAGAAGCGCAUCGACAAGAUCCGAGCCAAUUCCGCCCACGAAUCAGCAGCCAAGGCGUUGGAGCUGGAGCGAUGCUGGGAAACGGUGGAUCCAUGGUGGCAAUGGCACCGGUAUGCUAAAAAGCACGGCGAGCAUCCUCUUGUGGUUGAUGCACCAAAUCUCUUGAAGGCAUACGGACUGACAGAGGAGGAACGCGAUGACCUCCGUCGGGACGUGACGGUGCUUAUGCCGCAAUAUCAACAACAGCAAAUCGAGGCUUCGGUGGAUGUGCCAAAGCCAGAUGUCAUUGUGACUGUAGCAGAGGACGAUGAUGACAUUAUUUCGAAACAAGAACAGCUUCCCAAGACGACAACUUCCUUUUCGGCGGCGGAUAUUGUCAAGUGUCUGUUUUUGAUCAAAUGCAUGGUGUUCGCAAUGUCACACGAAGAGCGGGCUGAGGUGGAAAUGCCGGUGGGCAUUCUUAGUAUGGUGGUAAGCCUCGUGUGUUGCUUGGUCCAAUGUGGUGGAAAGAUUGGACGACAUGAGUUGUUGCACAUGGCCCAUGUCGGUGUUCAGGCAUUGGCGAUGUUCUUCGAGCUGGAACAUUGGCACUUUGCUGCCGAAGUCACUUACAUGUCGUUUGCUGUUCUGAUGUUCUUGUGGCGACGACAAGAAGCAGAAGAGAUGACAUUGCCUACGACCGUGCAGAAGCCGGAGGAGUGGACUUGCAAAAGUAUGGAAACAUCUCCCCAUGCUCUCCGGAAGCAUGUACCUUCCCCAUUUUUAAAAUGGAAAGGCGCAGGAGUCUUGGUGAGCAUCCAGAAGUCAGUGCUGGAGUGUUCCAUUGCGGAACCACGACAAACAACAUUUGGCGACGAAGAGUCGGGGCGACGACUCGAUGAAGACAAGGUGGCGCGACAAAACUCAAGUAUCAUGUGGCGACGACUCGAUGAAGGCAAGGGGCGCGACAAAAAAGGUGUCGACGACUCGAUGAAGGUAAACAUAAGUCCCAACACGAGUAGAAAUUAA